UUUCCUUCUCUUAUCGUUUCCCCUUUUUUUUUAUUUGAUAAAAACUUCCAAUUUUUCCCGAGAAAAUUUUCUCGAUCGAUUCAACCACCACACCAAAACCAAAGACGAGAGAGCUCCCUCUAGAGUUCCUUGUCCUUUCGUUGAAUUUUUCUCAGAAUUUUGGUUUGAUCGAAGAAGAGAGAGAAAAAAUGGGGCAACAGCAAUCGAAAGGGGAAUUGCUGUUUCAGCAAGUGAGCUACGGUAACGCAGAAGGGAUUCGAUCUCUUCGUCGCGAAGGAGCUGACCUCGAGUGGAUGGAUAGAGAAGGCAAAACGCCAUUGAUAAUGGCUUGCAUGAACUCCGAGCUUUACGAUGUCGCCAAGACUUUGAUCGAGUUGGGUGCUAAUGUCAAUGCUUAUCGUCCUGCUCGUCAUGCGGGAACUCCGCUGCACCAUGCUGCUAAAAGAGGUCUUGAGAACACUGUUAAGUUACUUCUUUCACAUGGUGCAAAUCCACUUGUUCUCAAUGAUGAUUGUCAAACACCGCUUGAGGUCGCUAGAGUCAAAGGGUUCAGCAAUGUCGUACGUGCUAUUGAGAGUCACAUCUGCUUGUUCUCUGGUUGGAUGCGUGAGUUUUAUGGACCUGCCAUUCUUGAUUUAUUUGCUCCUCAGCUUCUUUCUAGAAGAGUAUGGGUAGUCAUCGUACCAACUGGUUCAAGAAACCCUGCAAAGCCUUUCAAGUUGGAGCUCGUUGUGUACGCUAGUCUUCAGGAUGCACAGCCACGCGCGGUGAUGCCCUUGUGGAAAGCAAAUUUGGAGGAACCAAAAGCAAAGCAGUCUGAUACUUCAGUGAUGAUUGUCGAUAACUCCACAAUCCCAAGCCGCAGGAGGCAAAGACGAAGGGCCUGCGCCUCCCACGGGAGACGUAGGCCUCAUGUAGUUAGGCAAAAACGGCUUAAACUGGCGCCCUCGAUUGAAGGUGACGGACAACAGCUUAAGUGGUUUUGUGAUGCAUGUAAAGGGAUUCCACAGCCAGCGCACCCCCCAGUCUUUCUCCAAACUCCACCGUCUGCGCCACCACUUCAUCCUGAUAUGGCCGACAACAUCAAUCACCAUUCCAUUGGUGAAGCAAGUUCAUCAACGGCACCUCCUCCUCCUCCUCCUCACAUUCCACCUCCCUCAGGAAAAGCGAGCCAUGAAAGUGUUAUUGUCCACGAACCUUCACCAUCAGCUCCUCCGUUAGCAGAUGAGGAUAUAGAAACCGUAGAGGAAGGCCCUGUUUAUUACCCAACAAUCGAUUCAACACCUGUCGAUGUCCCAUCUCCUUCUCAUCUACCAGCUUCAAUAGAUGGUGAAAAGAAAGAUGACGGAAGCUCUGGACAGUGUUCGAUAUGUCUUGACGCUCCAUCUGAAGCUGUUUGUGUCCCGUGUGGACAUGUCGCGGGAUGCAUGUCUUGCUUAACCGAGAUCAAAGCCAAGAAUUGGGGAUGUCCGGUUUGUCGUGCCAAGAUCGAUCAGAUCAUUAAACUUUACCGUGUCUGAAAUAGACAGGUACUACUACUUAUACUCCAUGGGGAGUAUCUCUCUCCUUCAUUGUGUUGUGGGAUUAAAGUUUCUCAACCAUUGAAACUAUCUCUCUGUUAAGCUUGUGUUUUCUUGACAAAACGUUUUAUACUUGGAAUUUCAACACAGUACCUAUGUUUUGUAUAUAUGGUUUUUGACGAAGGAAGAAUGUUAAAAGUAUUCAUACAAUAUAUAUAUGUGUAUUUCAAUUUAUAGUUCAUGGUAUCAA